UGCAUUCAUAUUGUGUCUAUCACAGUUGUGUGUCUACUUCAUCUGCUGAUAAUAUGGCUUCUGAAAAGCUGGCCCCUCUGGGCUCCAUUGAUAAUCCAGUGAAGUUUCUAAACCAGGACUUCGACGCUCUGCUGCAGGAGAGUCUGAAAGACGGGGAGCUGUUUUCAGAUCCCACUUUCCCUGCCGAGCAGAAGUCCAUUGGGAUGCCUGCAGAUCCAAAUCCAGGAAAGGAAAUCCAAUGGAAGAGACCCAAGGAAAUCAGUUCAGAUGCUGUGUUUGUGGAGGGAACCACUGGGACAACAGAUAUCUGUCAGGGUCAACUGGGUAACUGCUGGCUGCUGGCUGCCCUCUCCUCACUCACUGUCCAUCCCAACCUUUUUGUGAAGGUGGUGCCCCCCAAACAAAGCCUGGCUGAUAAUUAUGCAGGGAUCUUUCAUUUCAGGUUCUGGCAGUAUGGUGAGUGGGUGGAGGUGGUUGUGGAUGACAGGCUGCCAGUGCGCGAAGACCGUCUGCUCUUCAGCUACUCUCGCACUCGCAAUGAGUUCUGGAGCGCCCUGGUGGAGAAGGCCUAUGCCAAGUUGGUGGGAUCCUACGGGAGCCUGAAGGGGGGAAACAUCUCAGAGGGUAUGGAGGAUUUCACAGGAGGCAUUGCGAACUCUAUUCCUGUGACAUCGCGCACUCCUCCAGUUCUCUGGAGGAAUCUCUCAGCUGCUCUGUCCCGAGGCAGCCUGCUCAGCUGCUUCAUCCGGGCCUCAAACUAUAGUGAGGUGGGUAAAGUGACAGCAGAUGGGCUGAUAAAGGGCCACGCCUAUGCCAUCACUGACACAGACAAGGUGAAAAAAGGAUCAGAGGAGAUUUUGCUGCUGAAGCUGAGGAAUCCAUGGGGAUUUGUUGAAUUUUGUGGAUCUUGGAGUGAUAAGUGUAAAGAGUGGAGGGAUAUGGAGCAGUCAGAGAAAGAAAGACUGGAACUCAAACAGGAAGAAGAUGGGGAAUUCUGGAUCAGCAUUGAUGACUUCAGCAGAAUGUUUGAUGUUCUGGAGGUCUGCAGUGUGAGCCCUAUCUCUUUCGAGGAGGGCGACACAUCCACAAACCAGCACACCUGGACUAUAAGUGAACAUAAAGGCUCCUGGGUGCCUGGGAGUUCUGCUGGCGGCAGCCGUAGAUACAACAAGUCCUUUUGGAAGAAUCCACAGUUCCAGUUGGUGCUGAGAGACGUGGACCAGGAUGAUGACGAUGAUGAUGAUGAUGAAGACGAGGAGGAUGAUGAUGGUGAGGAUGAGAUUGAUCAGGGUGAAGAGACACAGAUCACUGAGGCGAAGAAGAAAGCAGAGAAGCAGAAGAAGAAGAAUAACCAAUGCACUGUUCUGGUGGAGUUGCUGCAGAAAAACCGCAGGCUCAACAACAAAAUCAACUUCUUCUUCAUCGCUUUCCACAUUUACAAGGUUCCCCCAGAGCUGCAGGGAGGCUGUUUGGACCGCAGCUUCUUUAUGAAAAACCGUCCUGUGGGCCGUUCAGGAAAAUACAAGGCUCAGAGAGGUGUUUGGAGGAAGCUGCACCUGGAACCGGGUCACUACGUCGUCAUUGGGUCCACUUACCGCCCAAACAAUGGAGGAGACUUCUUCGUCCGUAUGUUCUCCAAAACAAGAAAUGCUCUUGGGGUUCAGGACUUUACCUGCACCAGUGAAUACCUCCCAGUUAUGGCUGCUCCGGUCCUCCAUGAGGACCAAACCAGAGUUGAGAAGACUUUUGAAGAGAGUCCCAGCUUAAAUGACAGACUGAAUGCUCAAGAGAUUAUGAAGCUGAUCAACUCAGUGUUGGACAAAGGUUAUCACCUGCCUUUGGAGACAUGCAGACAGGUCAUCUUUGGAGAGAAUAAUGAGGGGUGCUCAACUCUCAGCCAGGAGCAGGCAGAGACCCUGAUUGUUGACCUGCGCUCUUUGCAGUCUGCUUUUGCUCAGUUUGAUGAGGACUCUUCUGGCAGCAUCAGCCCCUUUGAGCUCAGCUUGGCACUGGAAGCUUUUGGAAUGAAAUGUGACAACAAGGUAGUUCAGCUCCUAUCUGAACGCUUUGUGGCUGGAGAGCCUCAGCUGUCCUUCUGUGGCUUUGUGUCAUGUGUCUCCAGGCUCCGCAAACUAUUCGCUUUGUUUGAGGCUGAGACCAGCAAGGAGGUGAAAGAAAGAGGGAUCAAUUAUUGGUUGCUUCAGUUUCUGGCUCUGUAGCUGAGCAUCAUGAAGAUGAGCUACCGAUGAACAUGAGCUUUGGCAUUAAAAAUAACCAUAACUGCAACAUGCCUUUUUUCUUAGAAAAUGCUUAUCUUCUUUUGUUUCAUGGUUUUUCCUGUUGAAAACAUUGUAAUCCUAUUUUUUAAAUAUCCAUCCUAUAAUAAAAAAUGUUAGUCCAUACCAACAUAUAGUGGUUAAAUAGUUUUAAGUAGUUUACGUCAGACUUUUCAUUCCUUUUUAAGCUUUUCUGUUUUUAUUUCUCUGAAUAUAUCCAAUGUGUUUAACCCUUUUUAUUAAAUCCUGAACCAACAUUGAUAUAAAAGUGCAUGAUCUUU